UUCGAUCAAUACAGUCGAGUAGAAGUAUUUCUAACUGGUAAGUAGUAACUACAUUUUAUAUUGUGAAGGGGCGUUGGUAACUUGUUUAAAUAAGGUCUCGAAUAUUAUAACCAUGGCUGAUCCAUGGGUUAUCCAAACCCAUGAGCAUGCAAAGUUUGCGGAGCACUUCCGUAACCUUGGACCCAUCAAUGGUACCUUAACGGGAGAACAGGCCAAGAGGUUUAUGUUGCAAUCUCAACUACCUCCUCCUGUUCUCGGUCAAAUAUGGUCACUUGCCGACACAAAUGCUGAUGGAAAAUUGGAUUUAAAGGAAUUCUCAAUUGCUUGCAAGAUAAUAAAUUUAAAGUUACAUGGAAUCGAAAUACCGAAGACGUUGCCGCAAUCAUUGCUUGCAUCAUUAAGUCCCACUGGUUCAAAACAACAAUUCCCCCCACCAAAACCCCCAAUUCCACCAAUGCCAAACCUCUCCCAACCACUAAUAAGUGGCUUACCACCACAGUCUAAUCAAUCUCUACUGGGUGACUUUAACCAACCACCGAUCCCAUCGAAGCCUACAGUGGUACCUGAUCUUAUAUCUGGUGUUAAACCACCCAUGCCAACUCAGCCAUUGAUGUCUAAUAACCAAUCAUUGAUAAAUCAACCGCUGGUUUCAACUCAACCUUUAGUUAAUACUCAACCAUUGAUAGGUAACACUCAACCUCUUAUGGGCGCAACUCAGCCCCUAGUUGGUGCAACUCAACCACUAGUAGCUCCAACUCAGCCGUUAAUUGGUUCAACUCAACCUUUGAUUGGAGGUAUUCAGCCAUUAGUACCAGGAGCGCCUUUGACUAAUUCAACUCAACCAAUGAACCAAUUAAUCAACACUUCUCAACCUCAACUGAAUUCGAGCCAACCUUUGAUGUCUCAAUCGUUGAUGUCUAAUCAAUCGUUGAUAAAUACAAUGCCAACUCAACCGCCAAUCAUGAAUAUGUCAACUCAACCGCCAAUCAUGAAUAUGUCAAAUCAACCAUUGAAUCAAACUCAACCAUUGGUUGGUUUGAGUCAAAAUCCACCACUCGUUGGGCCAACGCCAUUAGUGCCCAGCUCCCAACCCCAAAUACCAACUGGUACGACAGUCGCUUCUAUGAGUAGCCCGCCGAUGCCAGCAGUGACAAGUGUAGCGGGUUCGAUGUCCGGCCAACCGAUCACAUCGACGCCGAUCACGGCCGUCAAAAGUGAUUCGUUCUCGAAACCAGGAUCACUGGCCACCAGUCCCACUGAGGUCCCGAUGGGAGUUGUGACGCCCCCACCAGCUGCCGAGUGGAGUAUACCACAGCCUCAGAAACUCAAAUAUACUCAAUUGUUCAACGCAACUGAUCGUGCCAAAACCGGUUCGGUGUCCGGAGCCCAAGCACGGUCCAUCAUGCUACAAUCCAGACUUCCUCAGCAGACAUUAGCUCAGAUAUGGGCCCUCGCAGACUUGGACUCGGAUGGAAAAUUGGGGUGUGAAGAGUUCGUGCUCGCGAUGUACUUGUGCGAACGCGCCACACAGGGCGAGCAACCACCUGCCAAGCUACCGCCAGACUUAAUUCCCCCUACUUUUAGGCGUGAUUCAGUGUCCAGCUUAAGCAGCGUGAAGUCCUACGAGGAGAGAAGGAAGGAGAACUUAGCCAGAGGGCAGGCGGAGUUGGAGAGGAGGCGGUCGCAGCUCGCCGAUAUACAAAUGAAAGAGAAGGCGGAGAGGGAACGCAAAGAGAGAGAAGAAGCCGAGAAGAAAGAGAAGUUGCGUCUGGAAGCGCAGAAGAGGGAACAGGAGGAAAUGCUUCGGAAGCAGAAAGAAGAACAGGAAAAACGCGAAGCGGCCAGGAAGGAAAUGGAACGGCAGUGUCAGCUGGAGUGGGAAAAGAAACGAACGAGGGAGCUAGAAACUCUGAGAACGGAGGAGCAGAGCAAAGUGCUAUCACUGAAGGCUCGGUCGCAAGCGAUCAGCGCGGAACUGAACUCGGUGAACCUCCGAGCCGGCAACUUGGCGAAGGACAUACGGGACACGAGGACGGCGGUGGCGGCCGCCAAGUGCACCAUUGAUUCGAUGAGGUCCGAUAGAGACGCCAGUAUGGCUGAGAUGCAGCAGCUCAAGGCGAAGGUGAAGGAACUCAACGCCAAGCAAAUAUCAUUGAAUAAAGAAAAGGCCGAACUCGACAGCAAGACGAAGGCGUCCGAUGGUGGAAAUGACGAUGGAAAACUCAAUAUGAUGGAGGUCACCCUCAAACAGCUGCGGGAUAAGGUGGACGCAGCCAAGGCGAUCGUCGAAAGCAAGAAAACGGACCUGGAAAGCAACCAGUCCCAGCUGUCGGAGCUCUCCGCGACGGUCAGCCAGCUAAGCGAGAAGUGCGAGACUGUGUGGAAGCUGUACGAGCAGAAGCGCGACGAGUACGUUCAGAACCGGAACACCGCGCCCGCCGACGCCGCCUGGGGGACCGACGCUGACUGGGGUACUUCAAACGAAGCUUGGGGUGAGCCGACGCCCGCUGAAGGCGCUUGGGGGGACGCACCCACCACUAACGCCGUUGAAGUGGUACCACCUACCACUACGGCUGCACCGAAGUGGCGUUGCGUGUACGAGUUCAACGCACGAACGGCGGACGAGCUCAGCCUGCAGCCUGGAGAUUUGGUUAGCGUGGCGACGGCUCCGAGGGGUGACGCCGAGCCGGGCUGGAGGUGGGGCAUGGCCAGAGGUCAAUCCGGUUGGUUUCCUGAAUCGUACGUCGAGGAUAUAAAUGCCGUUCAAAUGUAUGCGGAGACGAUUGAACCGCUGGAGAUGAAGACGCAACUCGAAGGUAUCGCUGAAGUACCGGAAGCGGAAAUCACCAACGACUUGGGUGGAGCCAUGCCGCCUGUCGAGGGCGGCGACUUCUACAUCGCGGCGUACCCGUACAACUCGUCAGAGCCCGGCGACCUGGUGUUCGAGGCGGGCGAGCGCAUCGAGGUCGUGCGCCGCGACGGUGACUGGUGGACCGGCAGGAUCGGCCCGCGGACCGGUAUAUUCCCAUCGAACUACGUCACCAAAGACACGACGACGAGCUCCGAGCCGAUGUCCAGUAUACCGGAGGCUCGCGAGCCGCCAGCGGAGCCCCAGGAGGUCGCGCCACCGCCGCAACAGCCCGAGCCGAUACAAGUUGUUGAGGAGCAGAAGUCGUCGACACCGAUAUCGUCGGAGGUGGCCUCCAUCACGGAGACGGCCCGGCCGCCGUCGGCCGCCCGGCGGGACUCCGGCCGGGACUCCGCCACGGCGCGCCGCAAGCACGAGGUGGCGCAGGCGCUCGCCAACUACACCGCCACCAGCUCCGAACAACUGUCCCUGAUGAAAGGCCAGCUGCUCAUUGUGCGUAAGAAAGCGGACAGCGGCUGGUGGGAGGGGGAACUGCAGGCGAAGGGCCGCAACAGGCAGAGCGGUUGGUUCCCAGCCAGCUACGUCAAGGUACUACAGUCCUCUGGCAGAACUUCCGGAAGAACGACCCCGGUUAUGUCCAAGAUGGACACGGUGCCGACGGAAACUGUCAUUGAUAAGGUCAUAGCUCUGUAUUCGUAUGCGGCACAGAACGCUGAUGAACUUAGCUUCGAGAAGGACGACAUUAUCGCAGUCACUGAUCGCUCGCAGGAUCCCGCGUGGUGGCAAGGUGAACUCCGCGGGAUGUCUGGACUAUUUCCAAGUAACUACGUCACGAAAUUAGUCAACUGAAACUACUAACCAAUUAUAUAAUGAUACUGACA